AAAUAAAACCCUAAAACACCUAAAAUUGGAUUUGAAUCAUGAUUCAAUCCCGACAUUGCUGCUACUGCUUCUUCUUCUUCUUCUUCCUUCAAGACCAGGCAUCUUUCUUUAAGAUCAAGCCUGUGACAAGAAAUAUCCACAUUUUCUUCUCUUCUUUUUUGCUUUCUUCAAGUUUGAUUCUCUCAUUCCUUCCAAGUUCCAACAUUCUUUCCUUUUUUCUUCUUUUUUUGCUCUGUUUUUUCCCUUGCUUCUACACUUGCUGUGUUUCCCUUUGCAAAUGGAAACAACUUCAUCUAGGUCCAGUAAUAAGAAAGAUCUUGGUUGGAAAUAUAAUUCUUUGAAGGAUCCUAGUAAACCCAAUUAUGUUACCUGCAAUUUUUGUAAUAAAACAACUACUGGGGGAAUCAAUCAAGCAAAGCAACAUCAGAUGGGGCAUUUGGGUAAUGCUACAGUUUGUCUAAAAGUCCCAUAAGAGGUUAAGGAAGAGCUAUGGAAUUAUUACAACAAGAAGAAGUCUCAAAAAUCCACCGAUCCUCAGGUUCUUUUCAAAUGUUUAAUUAUUUAGAAGAUUGUAAAAUCAGUGAUGAUGAUUUGGAUGAGAUUGAGUUAGUUGAGUUUAAUGCAAGUGGUAAACGGUUGUUGACUGCAAAAUCUGGUGUUGGAAUGCAAGGUAGUGGGAAGAAAACCAAAGGCCCGAUGGAUUUGUAUUUGAUGAAACCAGAAACUAUAGUUCAAAGAAGAAAAGAAAGCAAAAUGAGGCAAAUGAGUAUAAAGGAUAGUGAUCCAGAAGCAAGAGUUAGGACAGUCCAGUAUAUAGCAAGAUUUUUUUAUCAAGCUGGGAUCCCAUUUAAUGCAGCAUGUUUAGAUAGCUUCAAAUAUAUGGUAGAAGCUAUUAGGAGGUAUGGUCCAAAUUUAAAGCCUCCUAGCUAUCAUGAAUUGCAGGUUCCAUUGUUGAAAAAGGAAUUACAGCUUUCAAAUGAUAUGCUAGAGGAUCACAAGAAGAAAUGGUCAAAGUAUGGUUGCUCAAUUAUGUCUGAUGCUUGGACAGAUAGAAGACAAAGAAGUAUAAUUAACUUCUUGGUGAAUUGUUUAGCGGGUAUACUGUUUGUAGAAUCUGUUGAUGCAUCUUCUUACAUGAAAACAUGGGAUAGAUUGUAUGAGUUACUUGAUGCUUUGGUGGAGAGGACUGGAGAGAAAAAUGUCAUUCAAGUGGUCAUUGACAAUGGCAGCAAUUAUGUCUCGGUAGGCAAAUUGCUACAAGCUAAAAGAAAGAAUUUGUUUUGGACUCCAUGUGCAGCACAUUGUGUGGAUCUCAUUUUAGAGGAUAUUGGAAAGUUGCCAAAUAAAGAAUUGGUUAGGUGUAAGGUCACUAGGUUUGCUACAACCUAUCUUACUUUGGAAAGGGUUCACAAGCAAAAGAUUAACCUUAGGAAGAUGUUCACAUCAGAUGAGUGGGUGAAAAGCAAGUUUUAUAAAGAAGCUAAGGGUAAGAGGGCUACUGAUGUUGUCUUGAUGCCUUCUUUUUGGAAUGAGAUUGUGUAUGCCCUUAAAGUUAUGGGUCCUUUAGUGGGUGUUCUUCGCCUAGUUGAUAAUGAAAAAAAGCCAACAAUGGGUUAUAUCUAUGAAGCAAUGGAUAGGGCCAAGGAAGCCAUUCAAAAGGCCUUUGAUGGGAAUGAAGAAAAGUAUAAGAAUGUAUUUUCUCUUAUGGAUAAGAGAUGGGAAAAUCAGCUUCAUCAUCCUUUGCAUGCUGCUAGUCAUUUUUUGAACCCUCAAUUCUUUUAUAAUGACCCAAGCAUUGCAACAAAUAAAGAGAUUGUGAAGGGGUUAUAUGAUUGUAUUGAAAAGUUAAUUCCAAAUCAUGAUGAUCAAGACAAAAUCAUAGAUCAAUUGCACUUGUACAAAGAAGCUGAGGGGAUGUUUGUUGAUCCCAUGGUAUUACGGUCCAAGAGCAAAAGAGCUCCUGCUCAAUGGUGGAGUUCAUAUGGAAUGGAAACUCCAGAGUUGAUGAGCUUGGCCAUUUGAAUUUUGAGUUUAACUUGUAGUGCUGUUGGUUGUGAGAGAAACUGGAGUGUUUUUUAGCAAGUAAGUAUUUUCUCUACUUGUUGGUUUAGGGACUGUUUUUAUUUAAUUGUUUUGUAUUUCUUUUUCAAUUCUUGUAACUUAUAAGUGAAGUUUUAGUUAUCAAUAAAGUUUUAUUAUGGUG